UGCUGUCACGUGACCGUCAACUUUCACCCAGGAUGUCUACCUCGAGACUUCCCCUUAGCAACCGACUGGCCGCGCUUGGUUCCCUUAGCAACCGAGCGAAGCAUCUGCUGCGUGGAACCAGUCCGGUAGCCGGCGCUUCAGACGGGGCUUUGUUUUUCAGAUUCAAAUGAUCCCAAGUUCUUGUUCCACUGGACAACUCUGGUUUGGUUUCUCCGUGAGGAGGCUGCUCCAUUGACAGUGGUGUAAAACUCGCUGCUGCUUUUCCCAUCUCCUGCCUCUGGCCUUCACCAACAACACCAUUGUCAGGGAAAAUGAACUGGCUGUACGACUCAGUGGAGCCAAGAGUGAUGGACGAGGACAUGCUCAAGCUGGCUGUGGGAGAACAGGGCCCACGGGACGAGGCUGGGCAGCUGGCCAGGCAGGAGGGCAUCCUCUUCAAGGAUGUGCUUUCACUGCGGCUGGACUUCCAAAACAUCCUCCGCAUAGACAGCCUCUGGCAGUUUGAGAACUUGAGGAAGCUACAGCUGGACAACAACAUCAUCGAGAAGAUCGAGGGCCUGGAGCGUCUGGUACACCUGGUCUGGCUGGACCUGUCCUUCAACAACAUCGAGGCCAUUGAGGGGCUGGACACACUGGUGAACCUGGAGGACCUGAGCUUGUUCAACAACCGGAUCUCCAAGAUUGACUCUCUGGAUGCCCUCGUCAAGCUACAGGUGUUGUCGCUGGGCAACAACGAGAUCAGCCACAUGAUGAACAUCAUCUACCUGCGGCGGUUCAAGGACCUGCGGACGCUCAGCCUCUCUGGAAACCCCAUCGCGGAGGAGGAGGAUUACAAGAUGUUCAUCUGUGCCUACCUUCCUGACCUCGUGUACCUGGACUUCCGGCGCAUCGACGACCACAUGAUAAUAGUUUGGAAGUCAUCACGGGCUCCGAUGCUUGGAAUGGGCCAGAGAGCUGUUGGGAAGGAGCUGGCAGAGAUCAAACACCAGUACGGCAUUGACGAGCUGAAGCAGCGAGAGAACCUGAUUCAGGCCCAGCUGGAUGAUGAGCGGGCCCAGCGGGAGGAGCUGGAGGAGCACAAGGCCGCGUUCGUCGAGCGCCUGAACGGCUCCUUCCUGUUUGACAGCAUGUACGCUGAGGACGUAGAGGGCAACAAGCUGGCCCACCUUCCCGGCGUCGGCCAGCUCCUUCAGGCCUACAAGGACAAAUUCGUCAUCGUCUGCCUGAACAUCUUCGAAUAUGGCCUGAAACAGCAGGAGAAGCGCAAAGUGGAGCUUGACACCUUCAAUGAGUGUGUCCAGGAGGCCAUCCAGGAAAACCGGGAGCAGGGUAAACGCAGGAUUGCCAAGUUCGAGGAGACGCACUUGCUGAGUUUAAAUGCCAUUCGAGAUGAGUCCGAAGUGACCAACCUUGAGAUGAAGGUAGCGGAACACAGCAAGGACAUCACUGAGCUGUUCAACAUGCUCAUGACACUGGAGAUGCAGUUGGUAGAGCAGCUGGAGGAGACUAUAAACACGUUUGAAAGGAACAUCAUGGACUUGGUGGCACUCUUUAUUGAAAACGUCCAAAGCCUAAUGGCUCAGUGCCGGGACCUGGAGAACCACCACCACGAGAAGCUCCUGGAGAUCUCCAUCAAUACCCUCGAGAAGAUACUGAAGGGUGAGCUCGACGAGGACCUGCCCUACGACGUGCGCGCUGUCUCCAGGUGUCUGGCUCGUCCUUGUUCAGCUCUCCGCUCAAAUGGCAGCUCCUUGGAGGGGCCUUCCCUCGUCACUUCCCUGGAGAAUCUCUGUCUAUCACACACCCCAUCCGUCGUUGUCAGAGCACUUAUUACAAUUUCAGGCUCUCGCGCUUGUGUUGAUUCGCUUCUGUGACCAUUCACAAAAGAUACAGGCUCGCAGGGAAGGCAGGGGUGGCAUCUUCUCCAGCACGUACCUCCCCGGUGCCAGCGAGGGCGCCCGGCACGGCUGCCGCAGCUCAGCCCAAGUGCCGGGAGUUCUCCAAGCCCCGCUCUGUCGGUGCUGGCCGAGUCCCGCAGACAGAGCCCGGCAGUCCCGACGCCCACAGCCUCUGUCCAGGGCAGAGACAAACACCUGGCUCGGUGGCACAGGGGCGGGGCCUCCCCAAACACCUGCCAACUGCUGUUGUUGACCAGACACAAGAAGAUGUCAUUUUCCCUGAGCCCUGAAAUAACGCUGCCCCCAAGAGCCCACUCUGCUAUCCCCCGGAUGGACCACCGAGGGAGGGGUCAUGCCGUUCCCUCACGGCAUGGCUCCCAGGUCCGUGACACCUCGUGGGUGCGGGAACGAAAAAUCCCUCCCCAAUAACUGAGACGCACAGAAAAAGAACGGCCCCGAAACUCAGUGGCAGACAAGCAGGCUGGACUGUCGGCAGGGGGGAAAAAGGGAUGCCCUGGCUGUAAAAAGUAACAAUAACAACAAACGGCUGACAUUUACCGAGGGCCUCCUGGGGGCCAGCUGUCUGAGAAGCCCCACGCAACGUAUUUGCUCUUUCAGUCUCCACAUCAACAUGGUAAAAUGGGUACCAUUACGGUUCCCUUUUACAGAUGAAAAAACUGAGGCAUCGAGAGGAGAGUAACCUGCCCAAGGACACGCAGCGUAGAAGUGGUAGAGUUGAUCUGAACACAGGCAGUGUGAUUCAGAGCCUGUAGCAAGACAGGGACGUACCCAAGAAAGGAUCUGGCUUCUCUUAUCUAAUUAUCAGUGAGCAUAUCACGGUUCAAAAUCCCACCGAUGACGCUGACGUUAUCUCUUUAAAACUCCUCUCAUCCAGUUGAGUGAUUGUGAUCAGCUCUUGCAGAAGUUCGGGCCAAAUCUGUCUUUUGAAGUCCUUCGCUGCUUUGGAAGGAAAGGCAGAAGGCGCGUGCGUGCUCCAGGAGCAAGCCUGGAGGGAGGGGGCGGGAGGGGCGCUGGAGGCACAGCUGCCCGUGGCGAGGUCAGCGUGACAGCAAGCACAUGCCGCUGCUCCCCUCCACCGGGGCCGAGGGCACUCAGCCUCGUGCUGCGAUGAGCCACUGCCACGUUUAGGGGGCAGAAGGAGGUCAGACUUGCUCCGGGGCUCUGAACAGCUGUGUGGCGUCUAGCUACGAGGGGCCGCGAGGGGAAUCUGGAAUACUCUAUCCCUAGGAAGUAUUCUGAGAGGGCAAACUGAUACAGCCAUCACCCCAGUUACUCCAGGACACCUGAGGUCCAGAAACAACUUGCAUUUUA